AUGAGCUUGCCCAAGAAAGGAACCUUUACUAAUGACACAAAACUAAGCACCGCAAACAAGGCAACUGCCUUGAAUCCAAAUGCAGCAGAGUUUGUUCCUUUUUCCCUCAGAUCUCCGUCAUCUGGAAGCACCAGCACAGGUCAGGCUGCAACCAAGUUUUCUUCCACUGGAACAUUUGGAAAAGCAGUACUAGAUCGAACAGAGUCUUCUGCAUCAAAUAAUUCCGAUGAAGAGGCCCACCAAUAUUGGCGUCACCAGCUCCCUGAUGAUAUUACUCCUGACUUUAAGGUCAUGGGAGAAGUUGAGUCACAAGGCCUUGGGAAUCUCUCUUUGGCGGGUUUGUCCUUACAUGAUGAUGGUGAAGCAACACAGUUUCCUGCCUCUACAGGCAGUGGAUACUUAUUAAACGAGUCACAUAUUAAUGGUAAUAACUUUUCUGAAAAGUUAAGAGCUUCUGCACCCCCCUUUGGGGAUGAUCUUUCCUCCGCCAGUUUCUUGCAUAUGUCACCUAAGCCUUGGGAUAAGCAAAUUGUGAACAGUAAUCAGCUUAUUAGCAAUGGUCAGGAGGGGUCUCCAUAUGAUGGAUUUUCUAGACAGGGGUUCAUGAAUGAUAUGUUCAGUGAGCAUGCAGUUGUCGACGAUACUGAUAUUAACCCAGCUGAGUUUUUGGCUUCACAGUUCCCUGGAUUUUCUGCUCAGAGCCUUGCCGAAGUUUACUUUGCCAAUGGUUGUGACUUAAACCUGACUAUUGAGAUGUUGACUCAGUUGGAGCUUCAAGUUGAUGGUGGUUUUAAUGAGAAUCUGAACUCAAAGACUGUGUCAGCUCCUGAUCUUAGUUCAAUGGACUUCCCUGCACUUACACCAACAGAUGGUCAGCAUAGUCAUCCAAAAUAUGGAGAUGAUGAUCUCCAGCAAAGUGGCAAUCCUUAUCGAUCUUCUGACAAGGACAACAUGCUUUUUUUCAAGUCUAGCUCAUCCAUUCCAUCUAGAGGUGCAAUAGAUUUUGCUUCAGCUGUCAGGAAAUUGGCAGCGCAGGAUUCUGGUGGAUGGAAGUUUGAGAGAAAUGGUUCUCCCGAAGCCGCUAUUGGCUCAAGCAGACGUUCCCAUCUUUUGCCUAGCACUUACAAUACUGGGCAUGGAAGAGGCAUCUACAGUGAUAGGUCGCAGAAUCGUGGUUCAGCUCGGACUGCUCCUGUUUGGCUUGAAACUGGAGAUGCUGUUGCAAAUAUGUAUUCUGAUGUGCGGGAUGAAGCUCGUGACCAUGCACGCCUACGUAAUGCAUAUUUUGAGCAGGCACGGCAAGCAUACCUUAUUGGAAACAAGGCUCUGGCGAAGGAGCUGAGUGUUAAAGGACAGCUGCACAACAUGCAUAUGAAGGAAGCUCAUGGAAAAGCUCAAGAAUCUAUAUAUCGUCAGAGGAACCCAGUUGCUCCAGAGAUGCAGGGCAAUGGGAGAGCACAAGAGAGGAUGAUAGACCUGCACGGGCUGCACGUAAGUGAAGCCCUUCAUGUCCUGAAGCAUGAGCUGAGCGUGUUGAGGAGCACUGCCAGAGCAGGAGAGCCGGGUCUUCUGGUUUAUAUUUGUGUUGGAACCGGCCACCACACCAGGGGUUCUCGCACACCAGCAAGGCUCCCCGUUGCUGUACAGCGAUACCUUCUUGAAGAAGAAGGCCUUGACUACACUGAGCCACAGCCAGGGCUGCUUCGAAUUCUGUUAUACUGA